UCUGAGAUAGACCUUGGGUGUGAGUCUGGAGUUAGUCCUGGAUCCGUGCUGGAGGCGCACACAGGCGGGAGCCGUCAUCAAGCAUGCGGGAAGCCGUCAUCCUCCUGGUCCUCCUGGGUGCCACCUCAGGAGGAGGGACCUUACAUCUAAUCCACUUACCUGCCACAAGCAACGUGGCAGAGAAUUCCCCACCUGAGACUUUGGUGCACAAGUUUUCUGUGAAUUUGUCAGUAUCAUUGUCACCUGUGAUCCCAGGAUUUCCCCUGAUAAUCAACUCCAAUCCCCUCACUGAAGCCUUCAGGGUGAACUGGCUGUCGGGCACUGACUUUGAGGUUGUCACCACUGGGGAGGAACAGCUAGAUUUUGAAACAGGACCAAACAUAUAUGACUUGCAGAUUUAUGUUAAGGAUGACGUGGGUGUCACAGACCUGCAGAUCCUGACUGUUCAGGUAACAGAUGUGAAUGAGCCUCCUCGGUUUCUAGGAAGGUUGGCAGAAGGUUUAGACCUCUUCAUAGCAGAAAGAGAAACACCUGGAUUUAUUUAUCAGGUCGAGGCCUUCGAUCCAGAAGACACCAGACGAAACAUUCCCCUCAGUUAUUUCCUGAUUUCUUCCUCAAAUAACUUUGGAAUGUCUGCUAACGGCACCAUCUUCUCCACGACGGAGUUGGACUUCGAAGCAGGACACAACAGCUGCCACCUCAUUGUGGAAGUGAGGGAUAGCGGAGGCCUCAAAGCCUCCACGAUGCUCCGGCUGACCAUAGUGAACAUCAAUGAUGAGAUCCCUCGCUUUACCAGCCCAACAAGAGUGUACUCGAUUCCGGAGGAACUGAGUGUAGGAACCAUCGUGGCCAAUAUCACAGCUGAGGAUCCUGAUGACGAAGGCUCUUCUGGCCACCUUCUCUACAGCAUGACUACUGUUGGCAACUACUUUGUGAUAAACCAGUUGACUGGUACAAUCCAUGUAGCCCAGAGGAUGGACCGAGAUGCAGGUGAAUUAAGACAGAAUCCCACCAUUUCUGUGGAAGUUCUGGUGAAGGACAGACCCUUUGGGGGCCAGGAGAACCGCAUGCAGAUAACCUUCGUUGUGGAAGACAUUAAUGACAACCCAGCCACAUGCAGAAAGCUCACCUUCAGCAUUAUGGUGUCUGAAACAGCAGCCAACGGGACGUCGCUUCUGGACCUGAACAAAUUCUGCUUUGAUGAGGACAGCGAAGCACCAAACAACAAAUUCAACUUCACCACGCCAUCUGGAGUGGGGAGCAGUCACAGAUUUUUACAGGAUCCAGCUGGCUCGGGGAAAAUUGUGUUGAUUGGUGAUCUAGAUUGUGAAAAUCCAAGUAAUCUAGCAGCUGGCAAUAAAUACACCCUGAUAAUCCAGGUGCAAGACGUUGCCUUUCCUUACUAUAAAAAUAACAUCUACAUUUUUAUCUUAACAAGCCCAGAAGAUGAGUUUCCCCUCAUCUUUGAUAGGCCAUUCUAUGUAUUCAAUGUGUCUGAAAUAAGACCAGCUAGAACACGAGUUGGACAGGUGCGAGCAACCGAUGGAGACUUCCCCCAGAGCAGCAUCGUCUAUUCCGUCUCCUCUGGAGGCGCCAGCCCCCAGUACCCAAACAUAUUCUGGAUUAAUCCCAAGACAGGAGAACUUCAGCUAAUAACAAAAGCUGACUAUGAGACAACCUCCAUCUACAUUCUCAGAAUCCAGGCCACCAAUGGCGAGGACACCAGCUCAGUCACUGUCACUGUGAACAUCAUUGGAGAAAAUGAUGAAAAGCCAAUGUGUACCCCCAACUCUUAUUUCCUAGCCAUCCCAGUGGAUCUGAAAGUUGGCACAAACAUUCAGAAUUUCAAGCUGACAUGUACCGACUUGGAUUCCAGCCCCAAAUCUUUUCGUUACUCCAUUGGCCCAGGCAACAUCAACAGUCACUUCACCUUCUCUCCCAAUGCUGGCUCCAAUGUCACACGUCUGCUGCUUGCAUCCAGCUUUGACUACGAGGGUGGCCUUGAUAAGAUCUGGGACUACACACUACUUGUCUACAUAACUGAUGACAACUUGCUGUCUGGCAGAAGGAAAGCUGAGGCUCUUGUUGAAACAGGGACGGUGACACUGAGUAUUAAAGUCCUUCCCCACCCCACCACGAUCAUCACCACCGCCCCCAGGCCCAGGAUCACUUACCAGGUCUUCAGGGAAAACGUGUAUUCUCCAUCUGCGUGGUAUGUGCCUUUCGUCGUCACCACAGGCUCCGUGUUGCUUCUGGGUCUCUUGGUGUCUCUGAUCAUCCUGUUGGCCAAAGCCAUCCACAGAUGCUGUCCCUGCAAGAUGGGGAAGAACAAGAAACCUCUGGCAAAGAAAGGAGACAUGAAGAAGACAAACAGAGAGGUUGUGGUGGAAACUGUCCAGAUGAACACGGUCUUUGAUGGAGAAGCUGUAGACCCAGUGACUGGGGAAAUCUAUCAAUUCAACUCAAAAACUGGAGCCAGGAAGUGGAAAGAUCCAUUAAAACAAAUGCCAAAAUGGACAGAGCCCAGCCUCCAGGGAGCUGCAGCUGCGGCAGGGUGGGAGCCUGCAAGGAGCAUAAGCAAGGAAGGAGACUGGCCGAGUGGCAAAGCCCCCGCCCAGGACAGCGGCCUGAGUUCCAGAAGCAAAGAUGUCAAGCGACACCCGAAGAACAGAAGCCCAGCCCUCACAAGAAGGACUUUCUUCAAAUCGCAAGCCGGAAAGUAA